AUUUUAUCAAAUAUCACCAAAGAACAUCCCAUUGGAAAUCUAAAAUUUACUACAAUCGGAUAGAUAAAAUGAUAAAUAAUUCAGUUCACAAUUGAUGAAGUGAACCCCAGGCUCUUUUUCUCUCCAUCUACCCGUCCACCAAAAACGCUUUUUUCUCAGUCCUAAAUUUUCUCCUCAGAUUCUUGUCAAUACCCCUCGAUCUUCUUCGAUCGACCAUGGCUAAUUCAGCAUCGGGUAUGGCAGUUCACGACGAUUGCAAACUGAAGUUUAUGGAGCUGAAAACCAAACGAACACAUCGCUUCAUAGUUUUCAAGAUUGAAGAAAAACAGAAACAGGUUAUUGUGGAGAAGCUUGGAGAACCAACCCAAACGUACGAUGACUUUACUGCAAACCUUCCUGCUGAGGAGUGCAGAUAUGCAGUUUAUGAUUUCGAUUUUUUCACCGAAGAGAAUGUCCCAAAGAGCAGGAUUUUCUUCAUUGCAUGGUCACCCGACACUGCAAAAGUGAGGAGCAAAAUGAUCUACGCGAGCUCAAAGGAUAGGUUCAAGAGAGAAUUAGAUGGCAUUCAGGUAGAGCUUCAGGCAACUGACCCGACUGAAAUGGGUCUGGAUGUUUUCAAAAGCCGUGUCAAUUAAAAUGGUUCUGGUGUUGGAUUUGAAGUAAUGAAAUACAAAGCUAUUGCUCUUACUCCCUAAAGUGAUGCCAGUGAGUUGUGACAAUGGAGCUGGCAAAAAUGCUUUAUAUUAUCAGUCUGUGAUUGAAGAAUUUGAAGUAUUAUCUUUAGUAGUAUCUUGAUCUGGAACGAGUUGUGUUGCUUUUUAUGCGAUUAUACGAUUCUUUUUCUUCUGUUUGCUGUUUUUGAUUUUGUUUUUGUUUUUUUUUUAACGCUAUUUCUCCGUGUGCUCGUGUGCUGUGUUUCUGUGAGUUUACGUGGCUGUACAACCAUAAAUUGGAUCGAUUCAUGUAUUUCACAAAUGCAUUCACUUUAUCCUACUUUGUAAUUCUAGUACUUGUGCCUUUUCUUGUGCUGGCAAGAUGUUGUGGAGAUGUACGAAGUUCAGCUUCGGUUUAUAUAUAUGCUCAUGGAGUGUAUUUUACGAAUGGUUAGGUUGCAUUUGCAGUCAAGUACUUUAAUGAUCACUAAUUGAAGUUUCUG